UACGCGAGAAGUAAUCCACCGACAUGGUCAGCUACGUCGCGAGCAUCCUUAUCGUGACCAUUGUGAUUUGCGUCAGCCAGGGCCACGCACAGAGAUGCUCUCUGCAAGAGUGUGCGGCUCUACUGACAAGCAUGUCCCGUCGCUCCUUCAAAAAUGGGCAGAUGGACGCUCUGAUCUGCAGCGAAAACUCUAACCCAGGCGACAAUUUCGUCGAGCCGAUUUUCCCGAGUCAGGGCUCCAGCCGGACCUCUCACAAAAUUUCCAAAGUUACAAGGAACACACGGGGCGAUGGCUUUCUGGAAUGGAUGAAAGAUUGGGAUCGAUCCUCGUCAGCAUCCAACCGUCGAGAUGACGAGCUCUUCGACGGCACCGGCAACGAUUCCUUCGCGGAGGAAAAUCAGUACGAGGAAACAGCCCCGAUGUUCAGCAGCGACAGAACGGACACGUAUUCGCUCUCGAGGCCGCAAGAAUCGAGCCCAGAUGCAACGCUGUAUCCAGACAGGAGCGGCAGAAGAUCGGAAUCACUGAGGGCGCGAUCCUUCGCUCUCUCUGCAACGCCGGGUCAGGCUCGCCAGGUCGUACGAAUCAAGCAGUAG